GCCCCGCCGCCGCCGCCGCCCGCCUCAGCCGGCUUUUCGGCGGGAGCCUCUACUCCAGAGUGCGCGGUAGCGUGGGCCGUCCGCGGGCCCCAUGUGGUGCCGACAUCACUGACAUGGCGGAAUCCCCGCCGAGCCCUCCUGGCACUCGCUCCAGCUAGCCGGGACUCACCGCUGCCCCGCACCAGCCCUCCGCCAGGAAGCCCGUUGAGGAAAAUUCUCCAUGAAUGUACGUCACAAUGAUGAUGACCGACCAAAUUCCGCUGGAGCUGCCACCGUUGCUGAACGGGGAGGUAGCCAUGAUGCCUCAUAUUGUGAAUGGCGAUGGAUCACAGCAGGUCUUUUUGGUUCAAGUUAAUCCAGGUGAAACCUUUACAAUAAGGGCUGAGGAUGGAACCCUGCAGUGCAUCCAAGGGCCAGCAGAGGUUCCCAUGAUGUCACCCAAUGGAUCCAUUCCCCCUAUCCAUGUGCCUCCCGGUUAUAUCUCACAGGUGAUAGAAGACAACACCGGCGUUCGGAGGGUGGUGGUUACCCCUCAGUCUCCGGAGUGUUACCCUCCUAGCUACCCUUCGGCCAUCUCUCCAACCCAUCACUUACCUCCAUACCUGACGCACCAUCCCCAUUUUAUUCACAACUCUCACACAGCUUUUUAUCCUCCCGUCACUGGACCUGGGGACAUGCCACCACAGUUUUUCCCACAGCACCAUCUUCCCCCAACAAUAUAUGGAGAACAAGAAAUCAUACCACUGUAUGGGAUGUCCAGCUACAUUACCAGGGAAGAUCAGUACAGCAAACCACAGCACAAAAAACUCAAAGACAGGCAGAUUGAUCGCCAAAACCGUCUGAAUAGUCCUCCUUCAUCCAUCUACAAAAGCCAUAUAGGCAGCUGCACAACUGUAUAUAAUGGUUAUGCAAAGAGCCACAAUGGAGCAAGCAGCGGAGGCGGCGGCGGCGGGGGGGCUCCGGCAGUAAAGAAACUGGAGCGCAGAGCAAGAAGCAGCCCAAAGUCCAAUGAACAAGACCCACAUGAAUUUGAUUCAGAAACAAAAAGGGUUCAAGACAUUCUUUCUGGAAUGGAGAAACCACAGGUUACGAAUAUUCAAGCAAGAACAGUUUUACUUUCCUGGUCACCUCCCACUGGCCUUCUCAAUGCAGAUAGACACAACGGUUUGCCUUACACCUGUACCUACGAGGUUGCCUUAUCGGAUAAAGGGAGGGAUGGAAAGUACAAGAUAAUUUACAGUGGAGAAGAAUUGGAAUAUAACCUGAAAGACCUUAGGCCAGCAACAGAUUAUCACGUCAGGGUAUAUGCAAUGUACAACUCGGUAAAGGGAUCCUGCUCAGAGCCAGUAAGCUUCACCACUCACAGCUCAGCACCAGAGUGUCCCUUCCCACCCAAACCCUCGCACAGAACCAAAAGCUCCUUAACCUUACAAUGGAAGGCACCCAUUGAUAAUGGUUCAAAAAUCACUAGCUACCUUUUGGAGUGGGAUGAGGGAAAGAGGAACAGCGGUUUCAGAGAAUGUUACUUUGGAAGCCAGAAGCAUUGCAAGUUGACUAAGCUUUGUCCGGCUUUGGGUUACACCUUCCGAUUAGCAGCUCAGAAUGACAUCGGUACUAGUGGGUACAGCCAGGAGGUGGUUUGCUACACUGCAGGUAAUAUUCCUCAGACCCCUUCUCCACCAAGGCUCGUUCGAGCUGGUGUUACGUGGAUCACACUGCAGUGGAAUAAAGUAGAAGGAUGUACACCAGAGGAAGUGAUUUCCUACACCCUGGAAAUUCAGGAAGAAGAUAAUGAUAGCGUGUUUCAUCCAAAGUACACUGGAGAGGAGCAAGCCUGUACUGUGAAGAAUCUCAGAAGGAGCACACAGUAUAAAUUCAGGCUGUUUGCUUCUAAUGUGGAAGGAAAGAGUUCGCCCAGCGAAGUGUUGGUCUGUACAACAAGCCCAGACAGGCCAGGACCUCCAACCAGACCCGUUAUUAAGGGGCCAAUAACAUCUCAUGGCUUUAGUGUGAAGUGGGAUCCUCCACAGGACAAUGGUGGUUCAGAAAUCCUGAAGUACCUGCUAGAGAUUUCUCAAGGAAGCCCAGAAGCAAAUCAAUGGGAAGUGGCAUAUAGUGGAUCAGCUACAGAAUAUACCUGUACUCACUUGAAACCAGGCACUUUGUAUAAACUCCGGGCAUGCUGUAUCAGCACUGGCGGACACAGUCAGUGUUCUGAAAGUUUACCUGUCCGUACGCUAAGUGUUGCACCAGGUCACUGCCGGCCACCAAGAGUUUUGGGGAAGCCGAAGCACAAAGAAGUACAGCUGCAAUGGGAUAUCCCUUCAUCAGAAAGUGGCUGUCCCGUCUCGGAGUACAGCGUAGAAAUGACAGAACCUGAAGAAGUUGUUUCUGAAGUGUAUCACGGGCCUGAUCUGGAGUGCACUGUCAGCAACCUUCUUCCCGGAGCAACGUAUCGGUUCAGAGUGAGAGCUCUGAACGAUGGCGGGUAUGGGCCAUAUUCAGAAGCUACAGAAGUCACCACAGCAGCAGGACCACCUGGGCAGUGCAAAGCACCUUCCCUCUCCUUUCUGUCUGACACACGUGUACUUGUAAGCUGGGAGAGUCCUGAAUGUUCUGGUGCUGACAUCUCUGAAUACAGAUUAGAAUGGGGAGAAGAUGAGGAAUCUCUACAACUUGCGUAUAAUGGCACAGAUACCUGUUUUGAAAUAAGUGAAUUGUCAGCGGCAGCGCAUUAUUGCUGUAGGCUACAGGCUAUUAACCAGGCAGGAGCUGGACCCUACAGUGACCUGGUAACCUGCAGAAUCCCCGCAUCUGUGCCUGAUGCAGUCUCUACCCUCUCCGUGCUGGAGGAUGAGCUCGUGGAUGCCUGUCAGCUCUCGCCCUCUGUGUGCCUUGUACUGAACUGGGAAGAACCAUGCAAUAACGGAGCUGAGAUUACAUCAUACAACAUUGACCUGGGUGACAUCAGCAUUCCAGUAGGAAACAUUACAAGUUAUGUUAUCAAUGACUUGCUUCCAGAAACCUCAUACCGGAUCAGGAUCCAGGCUGUCAAUGAAAUUGGAGCUGGACCAUUUAGCCACUUUAUUAAAGCAAAAACCAGGCCGUUACCACCCUUACCUCCUCGGUUAGAGUGUGCGGCAGCAGGUCCUCAGAGCCUGAAGCUGAAAUGGGGAGACAGCAGUUCCAAGCUUCACACUACCGAUGAUAUGGUCUAUAUCUUACAGAUAGAAGACAGAAAUAAAAGGUUUAUUCCGAUUUAUAGGGGACCAAGUCAUACGUACAAGAUACAAAGGCUGACAGAAUCUACUUGUUACUCGUUCAGAAUACAGGCAGUCAAUGAUGCUGGGGAGGGACCUUUCUCAGAAAUAUGUACCUUCUGCACAACUAAGUCAGUCCCACCUGCAAUCAAAGCCCCUCGAGUGACACAGUUGGGAGGAAACGCCUGUGAAAUUACCUGGGAAAUGGUCCCACCUAUGAAGGGAGAUCCUGUUGGUUAUGUUCUACAGGUUCUGGUUGGAAGAGAAUCUGAAUACAAGCAGGUGUACAAGGGAGAAGAGACCACGUUCCACAUCUCAGGCCUUCAAGUCAACACAGACUAUCGGUUUCGCGUCUGCGUCUGCCGCCGGUGCUUGGAUACCUCACAGGAACUUAGUGGACCUUUCAGCCCAUCCGUUGCCUUUAUGCUUCAGCGAAAUGAGAUCAUGCUUGCAGGAGAAAUGGGAAGCAUAGAUGAUGCUAAGAUAAAGAGCAUGAUUCCUACUGAUGAACAGUUUGCAGCCCUCAUUGUUCUUGGCUUUGCAAGUUUGUCAAUUAUAUUCGCCUGUAUAUUACAAUACUUCUUUAUGAAGUAGACAAUUCAAUGGGAGUUUGAGAUACAAUUUUAACUAAUGCUACGCAUUAUAAUCCACACAUUUAUUCAGAUAUUCCUUUUUUUGAAAUCCUUUUGUUCUACCAUACAUUUUAUAUACUUCUCUUGUUUUUACAGUUCUAGCUUGAAGAAAGAUAAAUCAGUGUUUUGAUGCACCUUUUUGAAAUUCAAAACUAGGAAGUGGUCAAACUGGAGAAACAAGCAAACCAGAUACCAAAAGCAAGAUUUUUUUUCCUUCACAGUUUCAAAAUUGUCACCAAUUUGCCUUUUCAAUGUUGUUUUGUUUUUUCACUGAAGUUCAUACAGUCUCUUAUUUUAUCUUAUUAUUUAGGAAAUUUUAAUCAUGAGUCACUUUUUUGUCUCUUCUUUUUCCUUCUAAACAUUAGUCACAAGUGUGUAUAGUGGUAAGACUAGAAUACAGUGUUAGUCAACAGUACCAGGUUUUCCUUGAACAGUAUUAGCAAUGUUGCCUAUGAAUUAAUCACUACAUUUGCCCCAGUUUUUUCAAGAUAAAACAUAAGUUGUUAUUUUAACUGUUUAGUGCAUUUAAAUCGGAACAGUAUCCUGCAGUCGAAAAACAUUUUUAAUGAUGUUAUUUUUACAGUUACAACACUAUAAACUGCCUGUAUAAGAGAUCAAAUAACCAAACUGCAUAUAAAUUAUGAAGCAUUAUAGAUUUUUUUUUACCAUUUUGAUUCCUAGCAGUAAUUUUAAGUAAGAGGGCAUUGUGCAAUAGUUAGUUAUUCCCAUGUUCAGCUAUUUAAAAGCUGCUUUAACUUGUCUGUUUGUCACUGUAUAUAACUAUUCCUAAUCUAAUACUAGAUAUUAUUCUAUUAUGUUCAGCCUGAUUUAUAUGAUUAGAGCUGGUGACAGCUUACUGCCUCUACUGAAUUAGGUGAGAUUUACACUCAAUGUAAGCAAACUUUACUGUCAGUUGAUCUUUUUAUUGUUGUUAUUAUUAUUAUUAUUAUUAUUGUUAUUUUUUGGAGGGGUAUCCAUUUUAUGGAAUUUUCUUGGAAGUAUCAGAAAUUAGAUCUGUUUAUUUUAAAUACUUUAAAUGGGUGUCUAUGCUAUUCUUACCACAGGGCUAAUUGAAAUAACUUGGUACAUGGCAAAAUUCAGACGAGAGUCCUGCAGAGGAAUAGUCCCUGCUCUGGUGGGGGUGUUCCCCCCCUCCUGCCUGCCCCUUUCCAGACACGUGUUUUAAUCCAUCAAGAUACUAGAUUUUUAACUCUUGAGUCAUUGGGUUAUUUAUAUUAAGACAACAUUGUGCAAGUACCUCAGGGACAUAAAUGAGCUGGAGGUGCAAAUAGAUUCCAAAAGGGUGCAACAGACACAGUGUAUUUCCCUGCCUCUUGUUUUUGUAUAUUUUUGCUACUUGGUUUUGCUUUUGUCCUAGCUAUUUUGUGCUCUGUCUCCAUCGUCUAAGAAUCAGUGUCCUGUACUAGCAUAAUAUUCCCUUAACCAAAGUAAUGGGGAAAAAACAACAUUAUUUUUGUUUUAGGUUUAUUUAUACUAUAUACUGCAUACAGUACUUUAAAUACCAAUUACAGUGCAAUCUUUUAUUUAUUGUAAAAAAAAAAUAAAAAUAAAAAGUGUACUUAUGUACUAAUCCCCUUCCCCACCUUCCCUGUAGCAUGUUAUAUUUUGUCUGUUUUAUACUGUUGUACUUUAGGUCAAAUUUUUACCUGGCAGCAUUCCUAGUAUUAUUAAUCUUCUUACAUUUUCUUGUGUUUCUGAAGAUGGGAGCAUCUAGUACAUUAAAUGCCAAAAAAAAAAAAAAAAAAAACACAAAAAAAAAAAAAAAACCAAACCACAAACAUUAUCAGUGAUUCAAACGUUUACAUGUAUCCAAAAACAUAAUCAUCUCUGGAAAAAAAAAAAAAAGUGCUAAGAUCAAUGAAUUAUUCUGUGUGCCUCUCUAGAUGUAGCAAGUAUUAGAAAUGUUCUGUAUUUUGUUAUUGACUAUAAUUAGUUUAAUUUAGCCUUGCAAACCAAUGGCAUUGAGCUAAAUAUAUAUAUUUUUUGGUUUUGCCAAAGUCAUGGCUUGUCAAAUUUAUUUACAUCUUAUUUAAAUUUAUUUGUGAUAUGAAACUUUGUGACCUUGCAUCUGUAUUUUGUGAGCAAAGCAUAUACAGCUGUUUUCAAUGGAGGGGGAAAAGAGUGUAUUUUUUAAAACAAUGAAAAGACCGCUAGUUUGGAAACCUAGAAAUUUGAAUAGAUUCCCUUAUUAUUUUUUGGAUUAUUGUUUCAGCAGUGCUGCUAUGAAAUCCAAGUUUGACACCUUUUUAAAAAAACACUUUCUUUAAUAAAAAAAGGAAAAAAAAAAAAAACGACACCACCUUGCUUUAGAUGAUUUGAUCAAUUUUGAAAGUUUGAAAUACUAAUGAUACUACAAGCAGCGAGCAGAAGUGUAGAGCAAAUCGUUCGGUUACACUCGAAGCAUUUCUGUCACUGCUAAUUAGUUUUUUUGUCCCUUACAAUCACGCUAACGAGAACGCCCAGUCCAACCCCGAGGUUAUCGGUAAAAGUAUUCUGUAGGAGGUGGGACAGGCCCUAAAUAAGUUAAUUUGACUUUCUUUUAGGUUGUAUAUUCUGCCAUAGUGAUUUGAUUGUCAUCCAUAUAUUAACAGAAACAGAAAGCAUCGCGGGCAUUAACCCCCUCGGUCCUGACCCGCCGUUGGCGAUGCCUGGUCCUUCCCCGUGCGUCCUUGUGCCCUUUGAUCCAGCAGUGCCAGGCAUUGAAGCCAACCCGAGGGCUCUCUGCUCUCAAAGAGAUUAUGAACCACCACAACACAAAAAAAAAAAAAAAAAAAAAAAAGGUAGAACGAAAGACUAAAUAUUUAAAACCC